AUGUCUUUAGAUCCUAUCAGGCAAGAUUUGAUCCCCUUCCUCGCAUCUUAUUUGCCCCCUGAACAACACAAUAUUGAGAAUAAGCCAUUCGUUACACUAACAUACGCACAAUCUAUCGAUGCGCGUAUAUCACUGGGACCUGGAAUCCGAACCAGUAUAUCUGAUGUAGAGACAAAAGUAAUGACACAUUAUCUACGAUACCAUCACGAUGGUAUUCUAAUUGGCUCUGGAACAGUACUUGCGGAUGAUCCUGGUCUAAACUGUAAAUGGCAUCCAGAUGUUGCGGAGUCUAAAUUAUCUGAAUAUUCACCAAGACCUAUAAUAUUGGAUCCUUCUCAGAAAUGGAGAUUUAUUGGCUCAAAGAUGUAUGAUUUAUUUAAAAAUGGUGAAGGUAAAUCGCCAAUCAUUGUCGUUAGUGAGAAACCCCAAGUAGAAGAAGAAUAUAUCGACUAUUUAAUAAUAGACGGCCACCAAGGGAGAAUUGAUUGGAAAACAUUGGUUGAUAGACUCUCUAAUGAAUUUGGGAUUAAAUCAAUUAUGGUUGAAGGUGGUGCAUUUGUUAUUAAUGAGUUAUUACUUCGAGAUGAUAUUGUCGAUUCCUUGAUCGUUACUGUUGGAUCUACAUAUUUAGGCGAAGAUGGUGUACAAGUAAGUCCCAAGAAAGCAAUUUCAUUAAUCGAUGCCGAUUGGUGGAAGGGUAAAAAGGAUUCAAUUAUGGCAGCAAGAUUAGUGCCAAGAACUAAUUGA